AUGUUACCACCCUCGAUCCGUUCUAUGAGCAGUGAUAAAGCUCUUCCUUCUCUCCCAACAAACGAAUUCAGACUUGACUUAUCUGGGUUACCUAGUAUUGCUGGAGAAUCAGGAUUGGGAUCAGGUCUGGAUUUUCAUCCGAAAUCAUCUAAACCAUUUCCAGCACAAUUCAUCCCCGUUCGCUCAUCGCCUCUUUCCACUCGACACCCACCAAUAUCAACACCUUCCAUCCUCUCUCUAUCGCCUUCAAACUCGACUUCAUCAUAUCCAUUUCCAUAUGUAAAUCACAAUUAUUCAACAUCAACAGUCACCAAUCAAAGUACCUCAACACUAAUACCUUCAAGUCCAUCAAUAUCCAUAUCCACCGCAUCUCCAAAUCUCACUACGACACCUAAGAAACAAGUCAAAUUCGGUAAAUCAUCAAUGUCAGCUGAUUCAAUCAAGUCGGACGCGACGUCAUCUAAUUUUCCAGCCGAAGGAUUGCUGGGAAGGAAACGAUCUUCCGGACAACUGUUAUCAGGUUUAGGUAAAGGGUUAAAUAGAGUCGGGAGCGUCAUGAGGAGGAAUACAGAGGGGAGUAUACCUACACUUUCUCCUAGAAAAGCCAAUGGCGGAACUUGGAGGAAAGGAAGAAGAAGGAAGACGGACGAGUGGCUAGGACAAGAUGAGUCAUGGGAAAAAGUUGAUCGUCAAAACGUCGAUAACGGUGAUGAAGGUAUCGGAAGACCGUUCAACGUAGAACACGAUUUGCAUGUCUCCCCUGACCUUUCAGAUUUACCUGAAUCAUGGCUGUCUUCUCUCAAAGCUCAAGGAUUGACUGAAUCCGACUUGCUUUUGAUAUCUGCUUCUAGAAGAAAACAACACCAUACUCAGCGUGUUCCAUUAUCAUCACCACUGCGAACAACAAGUCAUACCAUUCUCACACCUUUAUCUACCCCCUCGACAAGCAUUUUCGAUAUAUCAUCAGUGCCCACCCUAUCACGCACAAGGGGCUCUCCGGGUCUACUGAAGAAGUUUUCUUUUGAAAUAACGUCCUCGUCCUCCAAGAAGGGCUUGAAUACCUCGACUCAACAUCAACCGACCCGUCUCUUGCAUACUACCUCCCACUUGAUGGAAGACCAAAGUAGGAGAACAGUCGAUUCUUUUCCCAUCUCAACAAUUUCAGCGAUUGAUCCAUCCGAUACCGGCCAUCAAGAUAAUCGGCAUCAAGAAGGACAAGAACGGAAUGCGGAGUCUCUGGGAUCAAGUCAAUUGUCUCCUCGACGGGAGGAUUGCGCACCUACUCGGAGAUCCAAAAGAUUUUCUUAUCAAAUCAGAGAAUUCAGAGAAUCCACUUUCGGUAUAGGAGAAGAAGAUGAAGGUGAAUGGUGUAAGGGCAUAUUCGAAUCAACUUUAAUCAAUAAUGUAUAUUCAUCCCCUUUGAAAGACAGGAUCCCUGUACCUGAAGAGACUCUUUUAACACUCCCUUAUCGUACAAAAAGCCCAUCCCAAGUAGAUAUCAAUGACAAACUACCUCAAUCCCCUCCACCACCCGCGAGGCCAAAGCAAGGACAACGGACAUCUUCUUUGACGAGCCUUACAUUUCAAGCUGAGACAGAGCGAGAUGAACAGCGAACUCCUGUUGUCGAGCCCAUACCUAGGGAAUCAUCAGAAUCAUUCGGUGUACAUUAUACAUCCUUAUCAAAAAGCUCUAUAGGAUCAGAUCUCAUUACUCCCUCGACAUCAAUGAAACAUGACAUGGAUCUGAAAGAGAAGGGGGGAGAGUACGACUUCGACGACGACGACAAACAGAGUGGAUUUCUGGAUGGGAGAGUCAGUAAAGAUGGACAAGCGGGAAAGGCGGUGGACAAUCAUAUCAAUUCACUUCGAUCUCAAGGAAAUUUCACAUUGAGGAAACAUCACUCAAAUCCGCAUAUAUCGCUUCCCGCUUCUGCGUCACCAUCAAGAUCGAGCACACCUGAACACCAGUGUCAACAUACCACAACAAAAUCAGAUUCAAAUUACCCAAAUCAAUAUCAUUCAUCUCCAAAAAGAGGUGACAAAAGAAUCAGAGAGCAAUUAUCCUAUUCAACGUUCGAUACCUCUCCAUAUAGACAUACAUCCGAAGAUGAACUUUUAGAUGGGUUAGAUAAAGCAAAUCCGGAAGAAAGAGCUUCAAUUGCACUAUCAAUUUUAUCAAAUAGGACAAGUACUUCAAUACACUCAUUACAUGAACUCAGUCAAGCUACAGUCACAACUGCGUAUAAAUUACCUCGACGUCAUCUAGAUUUUCAUUCAUCAAUUCCAUCAAUGAACCGAGAUAAUAUCGUUGAGAACACAGUCAAGGAAGAACCAAGAAAAGGUGGAGCAGGUGAAAUGCUUGGUUUAGUGGAAGAAACUUCUGAAUGCAGUAGUUUCACUUUAUCAACUUGUGGUUCAGAAGAUAAUGAUGGCGAAGCUAAGGAUGCCAUGGAAGCUUUAGGUGAAGCCGCGAGGAGGUUAAGGGGGCUUUGA